AUGGAGAGAUCCUCGUUAAAUUUGCUGCCAACAGGGAAGGAUCCGGAGCUCUUCAGCUGCAAAGUGCCAGGCCUGGAGCUGCAGCAGAAGGCGGAAGCGGCAAAAAACCAGCCACAGACGGAUCAGGCAGCCCUGCCGGCACAAAAUGUGGCUCUGGGGGUCCGCGGGACAUCCGAUGACAUGCUUUUGCUCGGAGAGAUAGCAAGACCGCUGGAUUCUUCAAUGUUGCCAGGACUUGAAGGUGCAGAAGCUGGAGAUCCCAAAGAGGAGGUCCUUGCUAGCAGUCCGCAUGGCCAGUGCCCCAUAAUGACCGCCACCGACAAUUCGUCAUCCACGCCGUGGUGCGACCUCCCAGCGAACGCGACCUCCUGGCCAGUUCCGGACAUCCCCUACUUCCUGGGCGAGAGCCUCAUCGCUCUGCUCUCCAUUGCGGGCAACCUCUUCAUUUGCACGGUCAUCCUGAGGAGCAGGAAGCUGCGCGCCGUGGUCACCAACUACUUCCUGGUCUCGCUUGCCGUGGCUGACGUCCUGGUAGGGGCGGUGGCCAUCCCUUGCGCCCAGGUGACGGACCUGGGGCUGCCACGCUCCCGGCCGCAGCUGUGCCUCUGGAUGCUGUGCACGCUGCUGGUGUUCACACAGGCCUCGGUGUUCGGGCUGCUGGCCAUCGCGGUGGAACGGUACAUCUCCAUCCUGAAGCCCUUCCAGUACAAAAGCCUGAUGAGCCCCCGAAACGCCCUGUGGCUCAUCCUGGCCUGCUGGGGGCUGUCGGUUGGGAUUGGCCUUCUGCCCCUGAUGGGCUGGCAUGACCCCCUGCCGGCUGGCGGGGAGUGCCUCUUCAACGGCAUAAUCACGGACACGUACAUGGUCUACUUCAACUUCAUGGCCUGCAUGCUGGCCCCGCUGAUGGCCAUGAUGGUGCUGUACGGGCGCAUCUUCUUGGAGGUCCGGCGCCAGAUCCGUAAGGUCGCGGAGGGGGAGGUCAACAGCAGUGCCCGGGAGAGGCGCCGGAUCAUUGUCCGCAAGGAGCUGCAGUCGGCCACCUCGCUCUUCAUCAUCCUCUUCUUCUUCGCCCUCUGCUGGCUCCCGCUCCACGUCCUGAACACCAUCAUGCUGCUGUGCCCGCACUGCUGCAUCCCCAACCAGCUCAUCCUCACCACCGUCAUCCUGUCCCAUGCCAACUCUGCCGUCAACCCCGUGGUGUACGUCUUCCGGGUGAGGUCCUUCCGGAAGGCUUUUGUAGGUGUCCUCUCCUGCAUCCGCUUCUCCGCCACGGCGGGCCGCUUGCCUCCGAGCCGGAAUGUCCUUGCAGCCACCGGAAAGAAUCCUCCCUCCCUGAUCUGCCUGCCAAAGCGCCUGCAGCCCUUUGGGGACUUGGCUGACGGGCCACGGCGGGCACGAGACGAGCAUCAGUAG